AUGAAAAUCCUCGUGGUAUGUCUGGUGCUGGCCAUCUUUGGGACACAAUCUCAUGGAUACGAGGUUUAUAACAUCAUCAGCCCAAACAACAAUGGUGGCAAUCUUCAGGAGACAGUGACAGUGGACAAUGAAAAAAAUAUCGCCAUCAUUAAUAUCCAUGCAGGAUCAUGCUCCUCUACCACGGUUUUUGACUAUAAACAUGGCUACAUCGCAUCCAGGGUGCUCUCUCGAAAGGCCUGCUACAUCCUGAAGAUGAACCAUAAAGCCAUCCCCGCUCUGGACCAACUAAAGCGAUACAUCUACGAGAGGAAGGCUAUGGAAAACAUGUACUCCGACAAAUACGUCUGGGUCAAGUACAGCCCGCUGCAGUCUCUGAUCACUCACAUAGACUGGUUCCUGUUCGGCUCCCCCAUCAAGCAGCUCUGCAAUCAUGUCCCCCUGUAUAAGGGAGAAGUGGUGGAAAAGACAGAUAAUAUCCAAGUUAAAGGCUGUGCAAAAACCGGACUCCUGGGUAUCUUUGGAAUCUCCAUCUGCACAGACACUGACGUGUAGGCAUCGAGCCCACUGGCAUCAUCUUUUCUACGACACACCAGCCACCAAAUUAAGUCUUUCCCAACACCCCCAACUAAUGUUGAGGCUCAGUUGUAAAACAUAAAUCCUCUAUUUCCAGAUA